AUGCGGCCCCGCGGUGUUCGCAUCGCCAUUGACCGUGGCGGCACCUUCACAGACUGCGUGGGCGAGCUGGACGGGCGCGAGAUCAUCAUUAAGCUUCUCUCCGAGGACCCGGCCAACUACGCCGACGCCCCGCUCGAGGGAAUCCGCCGCAUCAUGUCGCACUUUCUGGAGCGUGAGAUCCCGCGCGGGGCCGCCCUUGACACGGGCCGCAUAGAUUCCAUCCGCAUGGGCACGACAGUCGCUACGAACGCCCUGCUCGAGCGCAAGGGCGAGCGUAUCGCACUUGUUGUCACCAAGGGGUUCCGCGACUGUCUGGCCAUUGGGAACCAAAGCAGGCCCAAGAUUUUCGACCUGGCCAUACGGAAGCCCGAUGUGCUCUAUGAAGAGGUUGUCGAAAUCGACGAGCGGGUGACGCUGGAGGAUUAUGCGGAGGAUCCCGAGAGGACGGUCACAAAGGUGGACGUCCCGGCUGGGACCAAGGAGGCGGCGGACGCCGAGCUGGUGCAGGGCACGUCUGGCGAGGCGGUUCGUAUCCUCCGGCGGCCGGCGGAAGAUAGCAUCAGGAGCCAGCUUCAGCAGGUCUUUGACAAGGGGAUCCGGAGCGUGGCCGUCUGCUUCAUGCACGGCUACACGUUUCCCGACCACGAGGCCGUGGUCGGUAGACUGGCGAGGGACAUUGGGUUUGAGCACGUGUCGCUGAGUCACGAGCUCAUGCCCAUGAUCAAGCUCGUGUCAAGAGCUACGUCUGUCUGUGCCGAUGCCUACCUGACGCCGGCCAUCAAGAAGUACAUCUCUGGCUUCCAGUCCGGCUUCGAGGGCGGCCUCGGCACAAGGAGCGUUCAGCAACACGAGGGCAGCAAGGGAGCCCGGUGCGAGUUUAUGCAGAGCGAUGGUGGACUAGUGGACGUCGAAAAGUUCACCGGGCUCAAGGCCAUCUUGUCGGGCCCUGCUGGUGGCGUUGUUGGCUACGCUGUCACCUCCUACGACGAAGAGACGAAGAUUCCCGUCAUCGGCUUCGACAUGGGUGGUACCAGCACAGACGUCUCCCGCUACGGCGAAGGCCGGUACGAGCACGUUUUCGAGACGACGACGGCGGGUGUGACUAUUCAAUCGCCUCAGCUCGAUAUCAACACGGUUGCUGCUGGUGGCGGGUCGAGACUGUUCUGGAAGAACGGACUGUUUGUCGUGGGCCCCGAGUCGGCUGGAGCGCAUCCCGGCCCGGCGUGCUACCGAAAAGGAGGCCCGGCGACUGUGACGGAUGCAAACCUCUACCUCGGUCGACUUUUGCCAGAGUUCUUCCCCAAGAUCUUCGGGAGGAACGAGGAUCAGGGACUGGACCCUGAAGCUAGCCAAAGGGUCCUGCAGGAGCUGACCGAUCAGGUCAAUGGCGAGACUGGCAAGAACAUGACGGUGGACGAGGUCGCGUACGGAUUCCUUACGGUGGCCAACGAGACCAUGACGAGACCCAUUCGGUCGAUCACCGAGGCCAAAGGCCACGACUCAUCCAAGCAUCGACUGGCCACUUUCGGCGGCGCUGGCGGGCAGCAUGCCAUCGCAAUCGCCGAUGCUCUAGGCAUCAAGCAAAUUCUGGUCCAUCGGUACUCCUCAGUGCUGUCGGCUUACGGCAUGGCCCUUGCCGAUGUCGUCGAUGAACGCCAGGAACCAGAAUCAAAGAUCUGGGCAUACCCUGGAAAGACUGUCGACGAGCUGAAGAGCAAGAUGGAGAAGCUCAAGGACCGGUCCCGGAAAGCUCUCGAGGACCAGGGUUUCGAAGGCGACGAUAUUAUAUUUGAGGAGUACCUUAACAUACGAUAUCGAGGGACCGAGUCCGCCCUCAUGAUUGUGAAACCGAGUGCCGAAGAGGCCGAGAGGGAAUUUGAUGGACGUACGUGGGACUUUGGCAGUGCCUUUGUCAAACAGCAUCGGUACGAAUUUGGGUUUACUCUUGACGAUCGCGACAUGAUCGUAGAUGACGUCCGCGUGCGGGGCAUCGGCAAGAGCUCUCGCCACCACGAGAAAUCAGUCGAUCAACAACUAAAGACCCUGACCCGCCAUGAUAUCGACGACAGCAAGGUUCACGAUCGCCAGCAGGUGUACUACGAGGGUGGCCGUCAACAAACUCCCGUGUAUAAGCUUGAAAACCUCAACACGGGGCAUGUCCUCCAAGGCCCGGCCAUGCUGGCAGAUGGUACGCAAACCAUCGUGGUGACACCUGGGGCUACUGCCUACAUCCUUGACACCCAUGUGGUCAUCGAUCUUGAUAAGGGGGCUUCUAAGGAUGGGUAUGAUGGCCACUUGUCAUCUUUUCAUCCAGUCGCUAACGUCUUCGCAGGCAGCACCAGGAGAAGGCCGACAGAGAGGUUGACCCCAUCAUGCUCAGCAUCUUUGGCCACCGAUUCAUGUCCAUUGCUGAGCAAAUGGGACGCGCGCUACAGAAGACAAGUGUCAGCACCAAUGUUAAAGAACGACUUGACUUUUCCUGCGCAAUAUUUGACGCCAAAGCGGUGGGUUGCAAAUGCGCCCCAUUUACCUGUUCAUCUGGGAUCCAUGUCAACGUGCGUCAGGAGGCAAGCCGAGAUCUGGCAGGGUCGCCUGAGGAAGGGGGAGGGGAUCAUUUCGAACCACCCUUCAUACGGCGGAACACAUCUCCCAGACAUUACGCUGGUCAUGCCCGCUUUUAAUGACGCGGGCGACAAGAUCCUGUUUUACGCUGCCUCCAGAGCCCAUCACGCUGAUAUCGGUGGCAUCACAGCCGGCAGCAUGCCACCUCAUUCGCGCGAGCUGUUUCAGGAAGGUGCAGCUAUCAAGAGCGAAAAGCUCGUAAGUGAAGGGCGUUUUGACGAAAAGCGUGUGACUGAGCUGCUCUACGACGAGCCGGCUCAAUACCCAGGAUGCAGCGGAACACGCUGUCUGGCGGACAACAUCAACGACCUCCGCGCACAAGUCUCGGCGAACCAGAAGGGAAUCUCUCUGAUUGAGGGUCUGAUAGAUGAGUAUGGCGAAGAGACGGUCCAGUUCUACAUGGUACACAUUCAGAACAACGCUGAGCUAUGCGUCCGGAACCUACUCAAGGAGGUCAGCAAGCGGUCCGAGGGUGCAGCCUUACAAGCCGUCGACUUUAUGGACGACGGCAGCCCUAUUCAGCUGAAAAUCACAAUAGACGCUGACAAGGGAGAAGCCGUUUUUGAUUUUGAAGGCACAGGCCCAGAGGUCUAUGGAAACAUCAAUGCGCCAGAGGCAGUGAGCUACAGCGCCAUUAUUUAUUGUCUGCGAUGCCUGAUCUCGGAAGAUAUACCCCUGAAUCAGGGCUGCCUCAAGCCCAUCACGGUGAAGAUCCCACCACACUCCCUGCUUUCGCCCUCGGAUAAGGCGGCUGUGGUGGGAGGCAACGUCCUUACGAGCCAGCGGGUCACUGAUGUCAUUUUCAAGGCCUUCCAGGCGUGUGCCGCCAGCCAGGGUGACUGCAACAACUUGACCUUUGGCUUUGGCGGAAACGUCGGCGGCGAGGAUAAGGUCGUCAAGGGCUUCGGCUACUAUGAGACAAUCGCAGGUGGCAGUGGUGCAGGGUCCACGUGGGAGGGCACCAGCGGUGUACACACGCACAUGACCAACACGCGCAUCACUGACUCUGAAGUUUUCGAGAGGCGAUACCCAGUGCUGCUGCGGGAGUUCUCGCUCCGCAAAGGCUCUGGCGGCAGGGGCCAGCACAAUGGCGGAGACGGUGUGAUAAGGGACAUCGAAUUCCGCAUUCCUGUGCAAGUCUCUAUUCUCAGUGAAAGAAGGGUGUACCGACCGUACGGUCUCGCGGGCGGCGAGGAUGGCCAGUCGGGACAGAACAUUUGGGUCCGGCAGGUCGAGAAAGGAAGCUGGGAGAAGUCGCUGAAGAGGCUGCAAGAGGGAACCGAUGACAAGAAAGAGAAUGAAGAACAGGUGGAAUACGAAGAGAGGAGGUUCAACCUUGGUGCGAAGAACAGCGCGCCGAUGAAGCCUGGUGAUCGCAUCAUCAUUAAUACCCCUGGAGGUGGUGGAUGGGGUGCUCCUGGGAAGGAAAAGGGCCUUCAGAGCAAGACUGAUCCUCGAGCAGGAUGGAGAGGCGGCAGCCACGCGAACAGAGAAGAUCUGCAGCUUCAGGCCUAA